AUCGUUUCCUCCUUCUCCCCUACAAUGUCUUCAAAAGCAAUCAGAGAAUACGACGCAAAGCUUCUCCUAGCCUAUUGGCUUCAACGUGCACCAGCACCAAACCCAAACUUCACCCCAUCCCCUUCUUCUACCCUCAAAUUUCCAGCUCCACGCGUAGCUCAGAUCUUAUGGGAUCCUGCAACUGAUUCCAUCACUCCAGAUACCCUUCUCCCUUCUUGGGUAUCCACAACCAAGCUCGUCGCAAAGCCAGAUCAGCUUAUCAAACGCAGAGGCAAAGCAGGCUUACUCGCCCUCAACAAAGACUGGCAAGACGCGAAGCAAUGGAUCCAAGAUAGAGCCGGUAAACCCCAGAGGGUGGAAUCAGUCACUGGCACACUCAGCUCCUUCAUCGUCGAACCUUUCCUCCCUCACCCAUCGGACUCGGAGUAUUACAUCUGUAUCACGUCAGCACGUCACGCAGACACCCUCCUCUUCACCACUUCAGGUGGUGUUGACGUAGGCGAUGUCGAUGCAAAGGCACUCAAGCUAGACAUACCCGUUCUAGGCCCUUUCCCAACCCGUGCGGACCUCCAGAAGACCCUCCUCCGCGAAGUCCCAGCGCACAAGAAAGAAGUCCUCACCGAUUUCCUCGUCAGACUCUACUCUGUUUAUGUCGAUCUUCACUUUGCGUAUCUUGAAAUUAACCCUUUGGUCGUCCUCGAUGACGGUUCCAUUCACUACCUCGAUAUGGCAGCGAAACUCGACCAGACGGCAGAGAGCAUAUGUGGUCCCAAGUGGGCUGUCGCAAGAGACCUCACUGUCUACGAGACUAGCCUAGCUGCUACCACCACCGGCUCAAAGGUCACCGCUGACCGUGGCCCACCCAUGGCCUGGCCUGCUCCAUUUGGUAGAGAUCUUACAAAGGAAGAAGCUUAUAUUCAAAAACUUGAUGCUUCCACCGGUGCUUCCCUCAAGCUCACCGUCCUCAACCCCACCGGUCGUGUCUGGACCAUGGUCGCAGGUGGUGGUGCAUCAGUCGUCUACAGUGACGCCAUUGCAGCCGCAGGUUUCGCCCAUGAACUCGCCAACUAUGGCGAGUACUCUGGUGCCCCAAGCGAGGGUCAGACUUUCGAAUAUGCCAAGACAAUCCUUGACCUCCUCACUCGCCCACCUCCCCGCCCUGACGGCAAGGUCCUCAUUAUUGGUGGUGGUAUCGCCAACUUCACCAACGUCGCGGCCACCUUCAAAGGCAUCAUCCGCGCACUCACUUCCUACAAAGCCCAGCUCAUCGCCCACAAAGCCAAGAUAUACGUCCGCCGCGGCGGUCCAAACUGGCAAGAAGGUCUCAAAGCCAUGCGUUUACUCGGCGAAUCUCUUGGCGUCCCCAUCCGCGUCUUCGGCCCUGACACUCACAUCACCGAGAUCGUCCCCCUCGCCCUUGGUCUCAAAUCCACAACAAGCGCAACAGCACCCAUCAGCGUCCCCGCCACCGCACCCGGCUCCCCCAAGAUCUCACCUGCAACCCCUGAGCCCGGCGCCAGCGACGUCGGCACCAUCCACGCCAGCGGCGAACGCACCCAGCCCAACGACGUUGUCGUGCGUUUCGAUUCUCUCAGUGAGAAAGGCGCACGGCCUGCAUAUCGACCUUUCGAUGAAGACACACGCAGUUUCGUGUACGGUCUUCAGCCGCGUGCGAUCCAGGGCAUGCUGGACUUUGAUUACAGCUGUAAACGCGCGCGCCCCAGUGUCGCAGCUAUGAUAUACCCUUUCGGAGGACACCAUAUCCAGAAAUUCUACUGGGGAACACGCGAGACGCUCCUCCCCGUAUACACCUCUCUCGAAGAAGCUGUCAAGAAACACCCCGACGUCGAUGUCGUCGUGAACUUCGCGUCGAGCAGGAGUGUGUAUAGCAGUACGAUGGAGUGUUUGGGGUAUGAGAGUAUUAAAGCUAUUGCGUUGAUUGCGGAGGGUGUGCCUGAAAGACAGGCAAGGGAGAUUCUGUGGAAGGCGAAGGAGAAGGGUGUUUUGAUUAUUGGGCCUGCUACCGUUGGUGGGAUUAAGCCUGGGUGUUUCAGGAUUGGGAAUUCUGGAGGCAUGAUGGACAACAUCAUCGCCUCCAAGCUCUACCGGGCUGGCAGUGUUGGCUACGUCUCCAAAUCCGGAGGCAUGUCCAACGAACUCAACAACAUUCUCAGCCUUGUCACAAACGGCACCUACGAAGGCAUUGCUAUCGGCGGUGACCGCUACCCCGGAUCCACAUUCAUCGACCACCUUCUCCGCUACGAAGCCGAUCCCGCCUGCAAAAUGCUCGUCCUCCUCGGCGAAGUCGGUGGUGUCGAAGAAUACCGCGUCAUUGAAGCUGUCAAAUCUGGGCAAAUCAAAAAACCGAUCGUAGCAUGGGCAAUCGGCACCUGCGCAUCCAUGUUCGCUACCGAAGUCCAAUUCGGACAUGCAGGCAGCAUGGCAAACAGCGAUAGCGAGACCGCAGACGCUAAGAACAAAGCUAUGCGCGAAGCAGGGUUCAUCGUGCCCACCACAUUCGAGGAGCUCCCUCAAGCUCUCAAAGACACGUACGAGUCGCUCGUGAGAGAAGGCGUCAUUGCACCUGUGAAAGAAGUCGAGCCGCCUGUUAUACCCAUGGAUUAUAAAUGGGCGCAGGAGCUGGGUCUUAUUCGGAAACCGGCUGCGUUUAUCAGUACGAUCUCUGAUGAGCGUGGACAGGAGCUACUCUAUGCUGGAAUGCGGAUCUCUGAUGUGUUCCGCGAAGACAUCGGUCUCGGAGGUGUUGUUUCGUUGCUCUGGUUCAAACGCCGCCUCCCGCCCUGGGCCACUAAAUUCAUCGAGAUGGUUUUGAUGCUUACCGCAGACCACGGUCCAGCCGUUAGCGGUGCGAUGAACACCAUCGUCGCUACCCGUGCAGGCAAAGAUUUGAUAUCGAGUCUGGCGAGUGGGUUGUUGACGAUUGGGAGUCGGUUUGGUGGGGCGCUUGAUGAGGCUGCCAGUAUGUUCAGUGGGGCUAGGGAUAUGGGGUUGACGCCUAGGGAGUUUGUGGAUAAUAGUCGCAAGGCUAACAAGCUUAUCUCUGGUAUAGGCCACAAGAUCAAAUCAGUCAACAACCCCGAUCUCCGUGUCGAGCUCGUCAAGGAAUACGUGAGGAAGAACUUCCCGAGUCAUUCGCUUCUUGAUUAUGCGCUUGCUGUUGAGAAGGUGACGACCAGUAAGAAGGAUACUCUCAUCCUCAACGUCGACGGCUGUAUCGCUGUCUGCUUCGUCGACCUCCUCCGCGAUUCCGGUGCCUUCACUCCCGAAGAAGCCGACGAAUACAUCAAGAUCGGAACCCUCAACGGGCUCUUCGUCCUAGGCCGCAGCAUCGGUUUCAUCGGCCAUCAUCUCGACCAGAAGAGGCUCCGUGCGCCGCUGUACAGACACCCUGCGGAUGACAUUUUCAUUAACAUUGCGGAUCUGAGUCAGCCGAGAGUAUUGGGGAAGAUGCAGUGAGGUGCCGUCUUGAUAUCGAGAGUCAAGCUGAGCCAAGGCGAGAUGGGCCGCCGCGCCCGUUGUAAAAUGAGACUAAUAGACAUGCAUAAUACAAACCUGAACCGCAUAGCACGAUCAUCUUCUGUUGUAAGUUGUUUCUGUACUUGAUCAAACCGUAGAAUACAUAGCAUGAACGCACACAAGGUUAUUGCUGCAAUCGAUAGAUUUCGUCGCGAAGGAGUUCCUGGGUGGUCAUGUGUUUUUUUCACUGAAGGAUCUGGGCACCUGUCAUUAAUAGCACUGAUUAGUAAUGUUGAUGUGAUAGGAUCUU